UAUCCUGGAGGAGGAAGGAGCGAACUUCUGGUUAAAGUGUGGUUGUGCAACAGGGCUCCGAGCUUGACACUUUCCGCCGGAAGAGCACUAUAGCGGGUCGGGAUUCCGAGCGGGGAGGCGAGAUGCUCAAGUCCAAGACUUUCUUGAAAAAGACGCGGGCGGGUGGCGUGAUGAAGAUUGUGCGCGAGCACUACCUGCGGGAUGAUAUAGGCUGCGGUGCGUCGGGGUGCGCGGCGUGCGGCGGAGCGCACGAGGGGCCUGUCCUCGAGCUGCAACCCCUGGACCGGGCGAGUAGCCUCUGCCCGCAGCCACACUACUUGCUGCCGGACACCAACGUGCUGCUCCACCAGAUUGAUGUCCUUGAGGACCCUGCCAUCAGGAAUGUCAUCGUGCUACAAACAGUUCUCCAAGAAGUGAGAAAUAGGAGUGCUCCAGUAUACAAACGAAUCCGAGAUAUGACUAAUAACCAGGAGAAGCAUUUCUACACAUUUACUAAUGAGCAUCAUAGAGAAACUUACGUGGAGCAAGCACAGGGAGAAAAUUCCAAUGACAGGAAUGACAGAGCCAUCCGGGUAGCCGCAAAAUGGUACAACGACCACUUGAGGAAAAUGCCGGCAGAGCAUCGGCUGCAAGUCCUCUUCAUAACCAAUGACAGGAGAAGCAAAGAGAAGGCCGUGGAAGAGGGGGUACCAGCAUUCACGUGUGAAGAAUAUAUAAAAAGCCUAACUGCUAACCCCGAACUCGUAGAUCGUCUUGCUUGUUUGUCUGAAGAAGGGAAUGAAAUAGAAAGUGGAAAAACAAUAUUUUCAGAGCAUCUUCCGUUAAGUAAGCUACAACAGGGCAUCAAAUCUGGCACAUACCUUCAAGGGACAUUUCGAGCCAGCAGGGAAAACUACUUAGAAGCUACAGUGUGGGUCCAUGGUGAUGACGAAGACAAUAAAGAGAUAAUCUUACAAGGACUUAAAAAUUUAAACCGAGCUAUUCAUGAAGAUAUUGUGGCUGUGGAGCUUCUUCCCAGGCAUCAGUGGGUAGCUCCAUCUUCUGUGGUUUUACAAGAUGAAGGUCAAAAUGAAGAUGACAUAGAGAAAGAAGAGGAGAGAGAACGCAUUCUUAAGACUGCUGUAAAUGAAAAAAUGUUAAAGCCUACAGGUAGAGUUGUUGGGAUAAUAAAAAGGAACUGGAGACCAUAUUGUGGCAUGCUUUCCAAGUCUGAUAUUAAGGAGUCAAGAAGACAUCUCUUUACUCCUGCUGAUAAGAGAAUCCCUAGAAUUCGGAUAGAAACCAGACAGGCCUCUACAUUAGAAGGACGGAGAAUUAUUGUUGCUGUUGAUGGUUGGCCAAGAAAUUCCAGAUAUCCAAAUGGACACUUUGUGAAAAAUUUAGGUGAAGUUGGAGACAAAGAGACAGAAACAGAAGUUUUGUUACUUGAGCAUGAUGUUCCACAUCAGGCUUUUUCACAGGCUGUUCUUAGCUUUCUGCCAAAGAUGCCCUGGAGCAUCACUGAGAAGGACAUGAAAAGCCGAGAAGACCUGAGACAUCUGUGUGUGUGUAGUGUGGACCCCCCAGGAUGUACUGAUAUAGAUGAUGCUCUCCAUUGUAGAGAACUUGAAAAUGGAAAUUUGGAGGUUGGUGUUCAUAUUGCUGAUGUUAGCCAUUUUAUUAGACCAGGAAAUGCUUUGGAUCAAGAGUCAGCUAGAAGGGGAACAACUGUAUAUCUUUGUGAAAAGAGGAUUGACAUGGUUCCAGAGUUGCUUAGCUCUAACUUAUGUUCCCUGAGAUCUAACGUUGACAGGUUGGCAUUUUCGUGUAUUUGGGAAAUGAGUCACAAUGCUGAAAUCUUAAAAACAAGGUUUACCAAAAGUGUCAUUAAUUCUAAG